AUCAUCAUCUCGUUGCGAGUAAUAUCAGGCGUCUGCUCACCGCUAUCCAUCUUCUCCUUCGACGAGGAAAGGUCUCUCCGAUACGCCGAGGAGAUUCUCUGGACCUGUUUCCUUCGUGGAUCAGUCUUCGAUCGUGUAGUUUUAGUGGCGAUCUCGUAACGCAUCACUUUUGGGAGAGAGAGAAGCUGAUAUGUUGCUUGAGAGGCUCUCCAAGAAACCACCUUCGCUUGUUGAUCUAUGCGUUAGGUUGGCUAUUGAUAAUGUACGCUACAUUGGAUACGUUGGUGGCGUUGACUUUCAGCUCCUUGAGAAGAUUAUGCAGCACUGUACGUUAGAACAGCUCAUGCAUAUAGAGGAUUCCACUCAAGACACGGAUCUUAGUCCAGUGACCAAUGAGUUAUGGAAGAGGUUUUAUGAGAAGCAGUAUGGUGCCAAGAACUUAAGUUUCGUCAUGGAGAAGAUGGAGCGGAGUAAAGUCAAUUUCAAGUGGAGAGAGCUGUAUGAGGCGAAGCUGAAAGUUGUGGAAGAAGAUGAGAAGGAAGCUGUUGAUCGACUGAAGCAACGUUACAAGAAUGAAGAUGCAAGGAAACAAAGUCGUCAGACUAAACUCUGCGCAAAAGCUCCUCCAAUGAAAAAAUCCUUCUGGGGUAAUAGUGGACCUAGUUACAAUCUUUCGAAUGUCAAAAGCAACAUCAUGAAGAAGGCUAAGCUAGAUGUUUUAAAAAGUCAAGAAGUGAAGAAUCUCACUGCAAUUAAGAGGAACAGUAUUCAGAAGGGUUUCAGCUCUCCCUCCAAGAGAACCGGCUUAUCCGCAAACCUGCCCUCAACUUCAAGAAACUACUCUUAUGGCGAACAAGAGAAGAAUCUCAGUGCAGUUAAAAGGAACACAAUCCAGAAGAGUUUCAGUAUUUCUGCCCCAAGGAGGAUCACCAGCCUUCCUGGGACUGCUCCUUCAACUUCGAGAAGUGGUGAAGGAAAUCUACCUCCCAAGAGGAACAACAACCUUCUUGGGACUGCUCCUUCAACUUCAAGAAGCAACUUUGGUGAAGCAAAACUACCACCAAAGAGGAACAGCCUUCCUGGGGUUGCUCCUUCAACUUCAAGAAUUACAGCCACCAAAAGAAAACAUGUAAUGUAACCUAAGACAUUCUUUUCAGAUCAUAUUUAAUUCAAAGUGUAUCAUUUGCACGUGUGCUUCAAGCUUCAAACUUGGUCGCUUGAUGGUAAGUAACAAUAAAUCUUCAAAGACUUUGCAGUUAUGUUGAUUAAGUUUGUUA